CUUAGCUUUCAAUUCCUCGUUUUCUGGGUCUGCUGACAAUAAUUCAUCUAUUUUUUUACUAUAAUUCUCCAUAAUUACAGUACUUGCUGCAAGAUGAUGUCGAGCUGCUACAAAUGCAUUCUGUUCUAUUAAGAACUGUGACAGUGUAGCAGAAUUCAAUGCCCAGUCAAUUACAUCCUCUAUGUUAGUUAAUUGCCUCUUCAAUGUUACGUGGCAAUACUUGGCAGCUUUGGAAGGGUUGUUAUUUUUUGCAUAAACUUGUGCAAGAUAAAAUAAUGUCUGUGUAUGACAUUUUUCAUAAUCAUUGUCUUGAUUCUUAAAACUCUUUUCUCCAGUAAACAAUUCUUCGAAUUCCAAUGCUGGAGCUUUAAUUUCUGAAUUAUAGCGAAUGUAAAGGCUUUCUGAUAACUCCAAAUAUUCUUGGGCAGGAGAGUAAUUUUCUUGAUUAGAAGCCCAAAACCCUAAGUUAUUCAAACAAGUCAUAGCACAUAGAAUCCUCGAGGGACUCAUUGCAUUGGCUACCAUAUCAUAAGCUUUUUUAGCUAAUUCUGUACCUGUAGAUAUCUCUUCAACAUCAUAAGCUAUAAUAGAACUAAGACAACAUACUACUGCAAGCAAGUCUAGGAGUUGAUUUUGUGCAAUUUCUUCUUGGUUGUGUUGUACUAUUAAAUUUGUCAUAUCAUUUAAAAUAUCCCUGGCUUCAUAUUUAGAUUUAUAGGGUUCAUUUUCAGGAUCAGUUUUAGAUGCCUCUUUCAUAAGGUAAUUAACUUUAAGAAACUUCUCUUUAAGUUCUAUUACAAUUGAGUUAUUACUUUCACCCAUGACUAAAGUUAAUCCUUAAGACAUUGACAUAACAGAAAUAGAAUAUAUUUAUUUAACUAAUUAAGUACCGGUUUUAUUGACAGGGAAUGUUUUGAAUGAAAACACUUACUCAAACAGCUGUAACUAUAGUGACAACUGAUUUUUUUUUUACUGCUACUUAAUUUCAAUGAUGAUUUUUAUUAUCUACAGAAGCAAAAAUAAUGGGUUUUUUAAGGCUACUUUAAUGUUUGGUAGAAAUUUUGUUUUUAUUGAAUAGAGCAUGUUUAAAUAUUUUUUAUAACAGACGAAUCGAUUGUAUUAAUUUUCGAGUAUUUCAUAUGAAUAUGCAUAAAAAAGAAAAGUAAUUAAUUCGAUAAAACUUUAUUUAUAAACUCUUUUGGGAUUAAAUAUGUGUCAAAAAUGUAUGCUGCCUCAAUAGAAUGCUUGAAACUCCUGUAAAUAUGAUUAUAACCCGACCAAAGGUUUCGUUAUGGAUUAAGGUCUGUCGUUAGUUGGAUCUAUCCUGGUAUAUCCCUCUUUAUGAUUUCUACAUCUGCUAGAAAUAUUGUGUUGUUUUUUUCAAACAUUGUUGUAAUAUCUUAUUUGCUGGGUAACAGCAUGGCUUGGAGAUCUCAUGGCAAAAGUAAUCUAGAUCUGGUUCAGAAUUUAAGAAGGAACAAUAUUAUUCGAAGUGAUGUUGUCGAAAGGGUGAUGGCUCAAGUUGACCGGGCAAAUUAUGUCUCCCAUAAUCCUUACAUGGAUGUACCUCAAGGUAUUGGAUAUGGAGUCACAAUAAGUGCCCCACACAUGCACGCCCAUGCUCUUGAACUACUGAGGGAAAAAUUGGUUGAUGGUGCAAAAGCUCUAGAUGUUGGAUCAGGUUCAGGGUACCUUACUGCGUGUAUGGCUCUCAUGGUUGGACCAUCUGGAUUAGCUGUUGGUAUUGAUCAUAUUAAAGAACUGGUUGAUAGUUCAAGAUCUAAUAUUAAAGCAGAUCACCCUGAACUUAUUGAAUCUAAUCGUCUAAAACUAAUUGUGGGAGAUGGACGUCUUGGUAGCCCUGAAGAUGCUCCAUUUGACGCCAUUCAUGUUGGUGCAGCAUCUCCAGAUUUGCCUAAAGAUGACAUAAGAUGUUCCUUUAAUGAAAUGGACAGCCCUUAUGCUCGGGGAGCAAAAUUAUAUUGGACUGCAAGAGCACGUAUGGCUGAUGAAGCAGAUCUACCGAAUGGUAAACGUCCGAGGGGUAAGCCGAAUCGAAGGUGGGAAGAUUGCAUUAAAGCCGAUCUGAAGGGACUGGGUUUGGACAGCAAACGGUGGAGGGAGGGGCCAGGUGUGAAAUAUGCUGACAUCAGGUGCGGUGUUCCUCAGCAUCACUCUUGUAAAUCUCAUUAAAUUUUAUUUUCACGCGUACAUACAAACACACACACAUACACGAGGAAGCGAUUUUGGAUAUAUUUAUACACAAUAAAAUAGAAUCCAAUGCAUGUAAUUUUGUAGUGUUUAUGGACUAAUGAGUGUUAUUGUAUAUAUAAUUUUUUUUUUUAACCAUAUGAUUUAUUUAAAGGAAUUUCAUUGCUCUCUUGAUUUUAUGAUAAAUCAUUAGAUAACGCCUUACUUGGGGAUUCCCUAAGAUAUUUCUUACAUAAUGUAACUGCUAUUUAUAUUAUUUUUAAAACAAAGUCUAUGUAUUGCUAUGAGAAUCAAAUAAAAAUGUAAAAAAAAAAGAAGUAAAUAUUUGGCAUCAUUUCUAUUCCUUUUGAUACAACAAAAAGAGUUAUUCAUUUUUAAUUACUGAUCUUAUUGAUUAAUUUUAGGUUAUGAAUUAAUUUUAGACCUUUAUACAAGUCUAUACUUAUAGACUACAUCAUAUGUGUUGCUCCACUUUGAUUGGUGGGCGGGUGCAAGAUCUCAUGAUCACACUAUGAAUGGAAUUUUGAGUAGCCAUUAUGUUGAAAGUAGAAGGCAAUGCAAUCUACCCAUUUCUAUGAUAUAGGAAUAAGUUCCCAUUACUCCCCUCUCCCCUCCUCCCCUCCCCCAACCCUCUUUUAUAUGGAAAAAAUACCUAUAAUAAUGAAAUAUAUAAUUAAAAAAAAAAAAACUGUACCACUACAGCCCAUGAAGGGUCUUGGAUUUUUUUGUGUCGAAUGGCUCAACAACCAAGCAGUUAGACUGAAGAAGAACUUUAGACAAAAUAUGUUUUAUUUUUUUUUUUUGCCAUGAAGUGGACAGUUGUUCCAAGAUUACAUACAUUAUUUUUUUUUUUUUAAUAUGUUUUACAAUGAAAAUAUUCUGUCUCCUCAUCGAUAAUAUUAUCUAACUGUAUACAAUUAAUAAAUUUUGCAUUAUAUUAAGCAUUGAAAUGGUCAAAUGAAGGUGUAAGAAAUGUUUAUUUAAACAGUACAGUUUGCUAUAUUAGUAUACCUUUACAGUUUCUUAUCUGGUUAUAUUAUGUUUUAUGUUUAUAUUUUUAUUUAAUAUUUAUAUUUAUGUUUAUCCUUUACUUUGAAAAACCUCUUCCGAACGGUGUGUUGGCAUUAGUUUCAAACUUAUAUGAUCCUCUAGCUCUGAAAACAAUGAUAUUAUAAGUAAAAAAAACAAAACAUUAUUAGUAAAAAAAAUGCGAUAUGCAACUUGUAUAAUUAGGUACUUCCAUGAAAAAAAAAUCGCGUAGAUUUGAGCUGCUAUUGAAUCAAAGUGAUAAAGAACUCAUAUAAGACUACACUUUUUAAAUUAAAAAAAAUCAUAUUUAAUCAACAACUUCUGUAGCGCGUCUGGGAGGUAUGAUGGGGUCUCCAGGUGUGGCCUGAGUUCUCUAUACCAUGACUUUUUCGGUUGCCAAAUACGAUACUUUAAAUUUUUUUUCAACUUUCAUUUGUAUACAUGCAUUUAUAACAGCUCGAGAGCUGACAUGGUGAGAGUAAAAACGGAAAUAUAUUUUUGGACUAAAGGUUUGAAGCUGGAAAACUAUGUCCAAAAAGUAUAAAAAAUAUCCAACGGAAUAUGUGGCCAUGAGAGAUGACCGACCUGAUUAAGGCCCAUCCCUCCCAAGAAUGAUAGUGCAUAAACCUUCCACUACCCCUCCCAAGAUAUUUUAAUCCUAUCUUCUUUUUAAAAACAGUGCAAACGAAAGUAUAAUUUAAAUAUUCGUAGGUUGUAUACAAUUACACAUACUGUGGUCUGUUCCAUGCUUCCACUUGUAUUUUAAUUUGAAACGUUUCAUUUUGAAAAUUAAUAACACCGUCGAAAUGUGGCCCCUUCAAAAAGUGCCCCUUCAUAAAUUUGCGUCAUGAAACCCCCUUUUGGGCACCCCUGCGAUAGUUAAUCAAAGUUCAGCAACAUUGAAAGUGGCAAGUACUUGGAUGGGUGACCGCCCAAAUCGGGUGUCCGUCCACCUGGAAAAGUCGGUAAAAAAAAAAAAAAUACAUUAUCAGCUAGAAGUUGGCAGUACAUACCUAACGAGUUUUCUUUGAAACUAAUCAUCUUUGCAAAUAUGCAUUAGAAAAAUUCGUGACUUUUUUCGGUUUUAUCGUUAUGAACUAAUCACCAACUCGAGCGACGAAUAAAAAAUAAAAAUUCAUGUAAGUGACCAAUUAAAUUAUAAAUAAUGUAUGUGAUGUUGAAAUUUUAACUUAAAUAUCUCUAGCUUAAUACAAGAGGUAAUUUGAUUGAAUAUUUCACUCACUGAUGGCUGACAUAUUCUCCUGCUCUUACAUGGAUCUUAUGAUUUCCGGUAUAAGGACAUACUUCCUUAGAUAGUCCUAUCAUGGAACUUAACACUUUUGGGUCACAUGGUUGCCCGUAGAAUCCUUCAGGGUUAUUGAUUGAUUCAGCAAACACCUCUACAGCUCUGUGAUGAUUGCAGCUCU